AUGGGAACUAGCGGAGAUCUGCGCUCGCUGCUCGUCGUCGACGUCGUCGCCGGCGCUCGGCCUACGUCGUGUUCUGUCAACAAAAAUCACUCGUUGCUUCUGCCGCUGCUGCAUCUGGUUGUGCGCCUGCAGCAGCAUGCGGUCCAGCUCCGCGCGGCACGAGCAGUGCAGGAACUCGCGCGGCUUCACCCCGCGGAAUAUGCCCGCUAUAGACGGCUUCACGUUGUAGAAUAUUAUAGUCUGCCCGCGCGCGUGGAAGUCUUCGAUCAGCGUGGUGUAGUGCGGCGUUACCUCGGCGGCGGUGAAGUCGGCGGCCUGCACGUGCGUGGCGUCGAGCACGAGGGGCCGGGGGCCGGGGGCCGGGGGGCUCUAUAUGUAUGUAGGCGUGGUGUAGGGCGGCGUUACCUCGGCGGCGGUGAAGUCGGCGGCCUGCACGUGCGUGGCGUCGAGCACGAGGGGCCGGGGGCCGGGGGCCGGGGGGCUCUAUAUGUAUGUAGGCGUGGUGUAGGGCGGCGUUACCUCGGCGGCGGUGAAGUCGGCGGCCUGCACGUGCGUGGCGUCGAGCACGAGGGGCCGGGGGCCGGGGGCCGGGGGGCUCUAUAUGUAUGUAGGCGUGGUGUAGGGCGGCGUUACCUCGGCGGCGGUGAAGUCGGCGGCCUGCACGUGCGUGGCGUCGAGCACGAGGGGCCGGGGGCCGGGGGCCGGGGGGCUCUAUAUGUAUGUAGGCGUGGUGUAGGGCGGCGUUACCUCGGCGGCGGUGAAGUCGGCGGCCUGCACGUGCGUGGCGUCGAGCACGAGGGGCCGGGGGCCGGGGGCCGGGGGGCUCUAUAUGUAUGUAGGCGUGGUGUAGGGCGGCGUUACCUCGGCGGCGGUGAAGUCGGCGGCCUGCACGUGCGUGGCGUCGAGCACGAGGGGCCGGGGGCCGGGGGCCGGGGGGCUCUAUAUGUAUGUAGGCGUGGUGUAGGGCGGCGUUACCUCGGCGGCGGUGAAGUCGGCGGCCUGCACGUGCGUGGCGUCGAGCACGAGGGGCCGGGGGCCGGGGGCCGGGGGGCUCUAUAUGUAUGUAGGCGUGGUGUAGGGCGGCGUUACCUCGGCGGCGGUGAAGUCGGCGGCCUGCACGUGCGUGGCGUCGAGCACGAGGGGCCGGGGGCCGGGGGCCGCCUUGCGCAGGGCGCGGCGCACGUACUCCGCGGAGGGGAAGGACAGCGCGCGGUCCACCGCCGCCACCACGUGCUCCACGCCGUCCCCGGACUGGGCACAUCGUACAUAUACAUACAGUACAAACACACACACAUAAACACAACGCGAGUCUUCUGUAGUAAAUACCCAUCGUAUCUUUCGGUGAUGCCUUAA